AUGGGGGGCAGAAGAGGGACCCUGGACACCUGCCUGGCAAACGUGAAGUGUUCUGGAGGAGGUGACCUGGACAAACUCUUAAGUGGCCUUAAGAAAAGAACCCAGAGGGGGAGCCCCUGCCCAGCAGUGCCUUCCAAGAAGGACCAGCCUGUGGUUGGAGCCAAUGGAAAAUCACAGGAUGAGGCAGUCUCCUUGGAAAUGAAGAGUGACCUGAGCUGCGCCGAUCAUUUGCUUCACAGUGGCGACAAACUGCAUCCACUGACUGAGUCAACAGGAAGAGGUCCAACCCUGGCCGCUGCUGUGCGCAAGGAUGAGGGUCUGCCCCCUGGCCCUGUGGAGGAGCGCCUUGCUAGGGUGUAUGGUGCCAUGAAGGAAGCCCUGAGGAGGGACUGGCUGGAGGGAGGACCCAGAGCCACAGAUAGCCAAGAAGGACAGUACCCCAAAGGAGAGCUCUGGGUGUCGGGAUGGCCAGGCCACCCCAAACCAUGGGAUGUGACCUUCCUGAAGUUCUCCUGGAAGAUGAGACAAGAUGUUUUCUCCUUACCCUAUUAA